AUGAUCCGCUCAAAUUGGAGUCUCCAAAAGGAGGUUCGCCAGAAUGAGCUGAAACAGAAACAGAAGAUCCAGCAGCGGCAGAAACAUCAACAUCAGCUCGAGAAGCUUAAGAGCGUUGAUCCUAUAAGACUAUACUUCCAGAUCGAAAGGCUUGAAAAGGAGAAGAACGAUGAGAAACGGUUGAAACUGCUUAAAGACGAUUGGCUGUUUAUACGGAAACAUAAGCUACAUGCUGAUAAGCUAGAUGGGUUUCUAGAACAGCAGAAACAGAAGAAAGCUAAGAUAGAGAAGGACCAGCGAAGGCUCUGGGGGAAUCAGAGUGUUUACUUUAACCCAGAAUUGAACCCGUUGGGGAAGGUUCCGGCUGGUGAGGAUGGAAGUCUGUUGCCUAACUUGACUGCCCCACUACGCCAUACAACGAAGUACUCUCCUGAUCCGCUAAUACGGGAGUUGGGUAUUGCUUUGCCGGAAGGAGAACCACCUAAGUUUUAUAAAUCUCCCCAGAAUACGAAGAUCGAGAAGAAAGAACCAGAAAAGGCGCCUCCCAAGAAAGAACCUAAGCCUACGCUUAGAGCUCCCAGAAACCUAGAUAUGGACAGUGACGAUGGCUACAGCUCUUCUUCAGGCGACGAACAUACACCCAAAAAGUUACGUGUUCAGUGA